UACGCAAGCCUUCUUGCACAUCAGUGUCUUCAAGAUCACCAGAGAGUAUCCAGCACUAUGAACGUCAAGAUAUCUUUGCUGUUCUUCGUCGCGGUGGCUGUAUAUGCCAAGGCCGAGUUAGAGCAACAGUACCACCCACAAGCCGUGCUACACUAUCUCGAAAUGGAAGAUAAGAAAAUGGCAGAGAAGGUUCGAAGCAUCGUCAAGCUACCAGAUGAAGACCCUGCUAGGCCAUCGUUUAGGCCCAGCGGCUUCCCAACAGGAAUACCACCAAAAGUCGUAAGUGGUACCUUUACAACUGCAUAAUGAAAAAUAGCGAAGCUCCAACAAACAAUGUUUUUAGCUAUGCGUCGGCAAAUUAGAGAGAUCAGAGACCCUUAUAAGCCUCGAGGUUUCGCCAUUUUACUGCAAACGACAAACUGCGGUUUGCGGUUAACGGUUUGACGUUACCCCGUCUGCCCAUAUUUGGGACUUAAGAUUCGCGGGUGGUAGCUCGCGACUUCCAUGUUUGUUUUCAUUCAUCCACUUACUUCUAUUUUAACUGAGAAAUUGUCUUCAAAAUUAUGUUUUUUUGAAAUAGAAUUUGCUAAUCAAUAAGAAUAAGGGUUCUAAAAAGUUGUAGUUCUUCUCAAACCGUGGGAUUGUGAUGUUUUAGGGUGCAAAAAACCUUGUGGUAAAUCACUUACCCCUAGACCGUUUAGCCGUACAAACGUAAACCUCAAACCGCCAACCUGACUGCAAGGCCCUGAUCACGUGACUUCUCGACGUUCGCCGUUCGCGGCAAAAGCCGAAAAACCUUAAUCUUGAGGACUCUAUUAAAAGUCAUUUUUACACCAAUCUCAAAAGGUUAAAAAGGUAGUUUCAAGCCAGUUUCAUCCAUAAAAAUUGUUCUGUACAAGUUUCAUUUGUUUAUUCUCUAUUCUGAGAAAUACUAUACUUGAAUCUGACGUUUGCCGUUUGUCGUAGACUCCUAAUUUAGCCGUGGACAAGACGGGGCUAAAUCUUUGUACCGUGGUAAUAUGAUAUUAUUGCCGUUUGCCGUUAACGUGAUUCUUUGCCCCUCUAUUUCCUCUGUUGCUGUUAGUAACAAACAUUUAAUGGGCAAAACAACAACACAGCUACAAAAAUCAAUUUUAAUUUUGUGAGUGACAAUCUCUUAGAAUUCAGAACACCGUGUUUGAAAAUUUUCUUUCAGAAAGUUUGCAUCGUUGCAGCUGUGAUAUGCCACAAAAAAGCUGGCGAUGACGCCUGUGCCCAUCUGCAAUGCAUAAAGACGACUGGCUUGUGUCUGAAAAGAGCGGGCGUUGGAAUAAAAGACUUGCCUCCAAAUGUGGUAAGCUGGUUAGCCUGCGCAACUGCUGGGAAUUGCGUGGUCGGGAAUGCGGACUCGUCAUUUACGGGAUUCACAGAAUUAAGCAUUCUCAAAGGCUUAUCCCCUCCCGUCGAAAGGCAGACUGACCGUUUACGAAAGAAAGAGUGUGGGAAAAGUUGAUUUUAAUUUUAGCUUAUUUAUAAUCGAUAUUACUGACAGCGGCUCUCUUUAUCUUUUCUAAGAGAAGUUUCAAUCGAAAAUGACAUUCAGGUGUGUGUUUAUAUAACCAAAACUAAGAAAGACAAUUUAUCUUUAAUCGCUUUAUAAAUGGUCCAUGCUCACUUGCUUGACACUUUGACUGUUAAAUGUUCUAAUAUUACCCGCAAAACGGAAAAGCUUCCACCCAAAGUAAACCCAAUUGGAUAGGGCGUUUAUGAUAUCCAUAUCAGAGUGUUAAAAGCUUUUGCAAAGUCGUUCAGGUACGCAGAACACUGCAAGUUGAACAUAACUUGUGUUUAGGGUCAUGCCACGUAAUAUAAAGCUUUUUAUUGUUGUUUGAUUAUUUAGAUAUUUAUUAUUUUCAUUUCCAUUCCCUCCCAUUCAAGAGAAAAUGUCUGCCGAUAAUCCCGUGUUGCCUGCUGGUUAGCGAGAGCUGUGAAGAGAAGCUGUGCUGUUUUGUGAGAUUUGGAGAGUGCGCGAAAAAGCUUGGCGACAAGUCCUGA